GAACCAUGAAAGAGAGAUAUUAAGGCGGCAAAAUGUAGAGGGGAAAAUGGUGGCCAUUCAUAUUCUCUUUAUGUUUUUGUGGUAAAAUCAAUUUCUCCAAAUCAAAUCAAAGCAUAUGGCGAGUACAACCACGCUCUUAGACCUUCAACCAUGGAACUACAACUACCACCGCGCCUUCUCCCUCAGGAUCUCCUCCAAGAUCCACCGUGUCUCCGCCACCUCCGACCACCGCCCCGCCGCUCCUUCCUGCAUCUUCGUUGGUCCUCUCGAAACCGCCAACCAAGAAACCCUCGAAGCUCUCUAUUCUCAAGCACGGGAUGCUUAUUAUAGUGGCGAACCUUUGAUAGUUGAUGACAUGUUUGAUAGAGUGGAGUUAAAGCUGAGAUGGUAUCGUUCAAAAUCGGUUAUCAAGUAUCCUCGAUGCAGCAUCAGGAGGCAAUCAGCAUAUGCUGAUGCAGAGGAAGAUCUGUCUAUGGUUUUUGCAUUGGCAAGCACAUGGACCAUGUUCCUUGCAUUCGGCAGUUUAGUAUGCCUUGGGCCGACAUUAUACACUGUUGGCAUGACUUAUCAGAAUGCAUUCGGUUCGGGAUUAUCACUUGAUAGCCAACCAUCUGGUCUAGAACUAACCAUGGUGAAUAACAUAUUCAUCGUGCUAUGUUUUGUAAUUGGAUACCCAAUUGUUUCGGCUUCAGUUAAGGUGCUUCAGGGCCUGUGGGUGAAUGAUUUGGUGGCAUUGAAAGGUGCAUGUCCAAAUUGUGGAGAAGAGGUAUUUGCAUUUGUGAGAAUGGACAGGAAUAUCGACUCACCACAUAGAGCAAAUUGUCAUGUGUGUGGAAGUAUCUUAGAAUUCCGCACAAAAGUAGAGCCAUCAUCAGUCUCAAGAUUAGGCAGAAAAUGGGUUUAUGGGCGGAUUUACCUUGUCUCAGCAAGAGGAAGAUUUCGAUAGCAGAAGCAACUCAUGAUCUUUUUUCCACCAUUUUUGAGUUUCUUUGUUCAAUGAUUGUGAAAGGGGAGUCUUGGAGCAACGAUCGAGUUGUUUCCAUAUAACCUCAAGGUCACCGGGUUCAAGCUGUGGAAACGGCCAUUGAUGUAAUUAUCAGGUUAGGUUGUGUACAUCACACCCAUUGGGUGUAGUCCUUACCCGGACCUUGCGUUAACGCGGGAUGUUUGUGCACCAGGCUAUCAUUUUUUAUCAAUGAUUGUGUAUAGAAAGGAUCAGAUUACAACCAAUUUGUUUCCUAUAUUUAGUUUUAGGCUAGAACAAGUUUUGCCUGAAAUAUCAUCUUUUACUUUUUUGACAAGGAAGCUGACAUGUUAGUGGAUGGACAACUAAUUCUUUGUUUUGGUUGUGUUAGUGUUAUAUGCAAGAUUUCAAAAUUGAAUUUCCUUUUCUUUUCUUUUUCUUCUGGAUAUUAUGAUAUCAGAGAAUUAGAGGAAUAUUGAAUUCUGAGACAAUAA